AUGUACGGAGAGAAUGUUUACGAAACCUUAGAUUCUAUUAGGCUUCAAUUGCUCGGAGAUUCCGAUGUUUUUACAUUCAAAGCUUCGUCUAAUGUUCCAGUUUUUUGUGGGAGCUUCAGUUUCAACAAAUUGUACCCAUGUAUGAGUGAGAAUUGGGGAGAACUUCCUCUCAAAGAAGAUGAUUCAGAGGAUAUGCUACUCUACGGUGUACUUCGUGAUGCUGUUAAUGUUGGGUGGGUUCCAUCUCUCGACGGAGCUUCACCGGGGAGUUUUUCGUCGUGUUUCAUGCAGUCGGAGAUAGUAAAGUCAGAGUCGGAUGUUUUUCCGGUGGUGAAGAGUGUGUCUGAGAAUGUUGUUCCUGCUCCGGCGAAGGGUAAGCAUUACCGGGGAGUGAGGCGACGGCCGUGGGGGAAGUUUGCGGCGGAGAUUCGUGACCCGGUUAAAAAUGGGGCGCGGGUUUGGCUUGGAACAUUUGAAACGGCUGAGGAUGCGGCUUUGGCUUAUGAUCGAGCUGCGUACAGGAUGCGUGGCUCGCGGGCUAUAUUGAAUUUUCCGGAUCGGGUUAAUUCGGGUGAGCCCGAGCCGGUUAGAGUACCUUCGAAGCGAUUUUCGGCGUCGGAGUUGUCUUCUUCGUCGUCGGAGAGUGGGUCGUCGGUGAAACGGAGGAAGAAGGUGGUGGAGCCAAUUGUGAAAGCUCAAGCUGGAUUGAAAAUGGUGCAAGUGGAAAGCCAGGUGAUACAACGCACACGUGGAGAUAAAUUAUUGGGCAAUUGA